GGCGCCAUGAGCCGGUUCGGGGGCCGCGUGCAUGAGUACCCAGCAGUGUCCAUUGACCGCUUCGAUCACGACAACCUGCUCGCGCGCGCCUACUUCCUGUCGCACUGCCACAAGGACCACAUGAAGGGGCUGCGGGCGCCCGCCCUGAGGAGGAGGGUGGAGAGCAGCUUGAAAGUUAAAUUGUACUGCUCCCCCGUAACCAAGGAAUUGCUGUUGACUAACUGGAAGUACAAGUUUUGGGAGAAUCACAUUGUUGCACUUGAAGUCGAAACCCCAACUCAGAUUUCUUUGGUAGAUGAAACAACUGGCGAGAAAGAAGAUGUAGAGGUGACACUUCUACCAGCUGGUCACUGUCCAGGAUCAGUCAUGUUUUUGUUUGAAGGUGAAAAUGGCACUGUGCUGUACACAGGGGAUUUCAGGCUCGCCAAAGGAGAAGCAGCCAGAAUGGAGCUUUUGCAUUCAGGGACCAGAGUAAAAGACAUCCAGAGUGUGUAUUUGGACACUACUUUCUGUGAUCCCAAGUUUUAUCAUAUACCAAGCAGGGAGGAAUGUUUAAAGGGGAUCUUGGAGUUAGUGCGAAGCUGGAUUUCCCUGACUCGCAACCAUGUUGUGUGGCUGAACUGCAAAGCUGCUUAUGGAUAUGAAUAUUUAUUCAUAAACCUCAGUGAGGAACUUGGGGUCAAGGUGCACAUGAACAAACUUGAUAUGUUCAGAAACAUGCCAGAAAUCCUCUACCACAUUACUACAGAUCAGCACACUCAGAUUCACGCCUGCCGAAAUCCCCGGGAUGAUGACUGCUUUCGAUGGAAUAGGCUGCCUUGUGGGAUGACGUGCCAAAACGGAACCCCCGUGCACUUAAUAGUCAUCAAACCCUCCACUAUGUGGUUUGGAGAAAGGAUCAAGAAAACCAAUGUAAUAGUGAGGACUGGGGAAAGUACCUACAGAGCUUGUUUCUCUUUCCACUCGUCAUACAGCGAGAUUAAGGAUUUCCUGAGCUACAUCCAGCCUGUGAAUGUGUAUCCCAAUGUGCCACCAGUGGGUGGGACAGAAGAGAAAGUUAUGCAACUGUUAAAGCCAUUAUGCAGGUCAUACAGGAGAAACCCAGAACCCAGGUACAAGCCCUUAGGAACACUGAAGAGAGCCUGCAAGAGAGACUUAUCUGAUACAGAUGAAGAUGAUCUCUUUGAUUCAGAACUAACUGCUGCAAGGCCUAAGAUUUCAAAACAGCAGAGAGAAGAGAGCAGGCCCUCCAGCCCAGCACGGUCUGAAAACACUGGAGGAAACAACGAUGAGAGCACAGAAAGUUACAGAACGACUGCAACUUACACCUCACUCAAGGUAGACUUCAUGGACUGUGAGGAAUCAAAUGAUGAUGAUGAAGAUGAUGAAGAAGAAUCUGAAAACAAUACAGCUGAAGUUUUUUCCCAGGAGCCAGAUGCCACUUCCACAUCAAACUUCAGUGGGGUAACCAGUAACCAACAGGAGUCCAGCAGUGAUGUCCCUCGUUGGGACACGUUCUUUAAGUGUGAUAGACUAGAAGAAACCUCUGAUAUCGAGGACAACUUCCCCUCCUCAGCAGAUGCUGGUGGCUCCCAGUCACUCUUCAGUGAUUCGGAUGGUGUCAGUGACUCAACACACAUCUCCUCCCAAAACUCUUCCCAGUCAACACACAUAUCAGAGCAGGGCAGCCAGGGCUGGGACAGCCAAAUGGACACAGUGCUCAUUACCACCCAAGAGAGGAAUGCCUUGGACAUGAGCAGAGGUGGGAGCAGGACAGUUGCUGUAUCACAGGACACCACCAAAUACACUCCACUUGACAACAGCCUGUGCAAACCACUGAGUCAGAACAGAUCUUGUGUCCAUGUUGCCUGUGACUUGAAAAGCAAAGACACUGAGAAAGAUGCAGAUGCUAGCACAACUUGUGUUGGAGAUGGGGUGGUAGAAGGAAGUGACAACUCCAGGACAACAGAUCUGGAGCCGAGGAGGGACUCCCAGAGCUCCUCAGACUUCGAAAUUCCCCUAACUCCUGAUGCUGAAGUGCCUCAGCCAGAAAAACUGCGCUGUUUGUACAAGAAGCUGGCAGCAGGUGAAAACAUAGUCUGUGAGAAGAGAGUCUCCUGAAGACACAUGGAACUGAUCAGGUCAUAGUAACAAAUGCUGAAGUUUAUUAAACUCCGACUUUUCUCUUUAAUGCUGGUUACUGUCUGCAGCUGUGUGGGUUUAGGCAAUGCUUUCAGGAAUCUCUUAUUGUCAGAACUCAGAAGCUGCAGCCUGUGUGACUCUUGUUCCUUCCAUGAACUACUGAGAAGGUGGUAUUCCUGGGAAGGACCCGAAAGCCUUCCAUCUCCUGAGCUUAAGUUCUCUGGAACUGCAAGCAGACAAAAAAUGGACCAGACAAAACUAAGGGUUAAACACUGGCUCAAGUUCAGUGUUUCUCUUUAUCAUGAGUUCUAAGAGUUUGCCUUUGAGAUACACGUGAUCUCAGGUUUUAAUGAAAUGCCACAUUUUUAACUGUAGGAAUACAUCAUUCAGGUAUGACCACACAAACUACGCCAUAGUUGCACUUGGAAUUUGAGUUUUCACUGCAAUUGUUUUUAACAGUGGUUUCAAAAUGGGUAAGAAAAUUACUGAGAAGUGGGUUUUUUAAUAAAUAGUUCUUUUCCAGCAGUUUGUUUACAGUGAGAAGCAUUGUCAUCCCCUUGAACUCCUGAAUGAGGUAAUUGAUACACACUGGUUUAAACCUAACUUCUUGCAAACAACUUGUCCACCAUUCCUCCAUGUUCUGGGUUGUUCUGAAUUGUUCAGAAUGACUUGCAAAUAAACCUGGAUGGUUCCCCAGCCACUGUCAGCAGCCUGCUGCAAGGCCAGUCCACAGCAACAGCAGGUUACCCAUCAUCCUGGCCAGGCUGUUGGGUUACUUCAGGCUCUGGUGUCACCAGAUUUCACCUCCUCCACAACGUUCUGCUGACUUCACUGAAUUCAGACAUGGUCAGGUUUGGUUUUUAAAUCAAGACGAUCAAUUCUCUCCAUGCACGAGUGCCAUUGUAACUAACUGCUGGAAUUCUUAGCGUUUGAAAUGGAAAUGUCAUUCAGGUUUGUGUUAAACUGCAGGGCCAACAAGAGCGCCAGAACAGCAAGUCAUCUAAAAAGCCAUGAGGUUUCCCAUCCAUGUGGUCUUAAGUCCCAAAGAAUUAAACAGACUUUUAGUAUGACAGCUCUUCCCUCCCCUUCAGUCUUUCUCUCUUCUCAGCAGCAGUGUUCUGAUAUGGGGAAAACCAACCCAAGAAAAAUUGCUAUUAUGUCUGUAUGGUCUUACAGACAUUCCAGUCCAUAUGCUUCUCCACUGGCCCCUCACCCACUCCAUCCUGGGAUUUGUUAACAUUCAUUUCCAAACAGUCUAUCAAUCGUUUUUAUUAUCAAGGUUGAGUGAGUGAACCUGCUGUUGUAAUAACCUCCAGGAAUAAAGUCCUACAGAGCAGAACUUCUUCCACUGGCUUCUAUGGAAGUUCAGGGCUGCAUUUACAGUGUGCUUAAAUGUAGAAUAACAAGUCAAUUGUGUAAAUUUAUACCAGUUCUUACCUGCCAUAAACUGAAUAGGAAACAUCACUUCCUCACCAUUGCUCUUCUACAGUCCUCAGAGUGCUAGAAGACUUGGGUACAGGAAUUAAGAGGUUGUAGUCUUAAAUCCUGCUGCUCCAGCUCAUUGUGACAGGUUAAGAUUAUUCGGGUUUUUUUGUGGUUAAGAAUGACCACGACAACAAGAGAAAAACUAAAUUUAAUUUAUUUUAUCAAAACCUAGAGGAAGAUAGCAAUACUAGAGAUUACACAUCCUGAAAAGAAAAUGUUCCUGAGCUUACAAACUGCAUAUUC